CUAAAAACAGCAGGUAUAAAAUUAUAAACUGCCAGAGAUUGAAAAAUGAAAAUACUUCAACGAGUAGUUUGGUGAAUGAAGAACUGCAUUUUACUAUUUAUGAUAUUGAAAAUGAAAAGGAGAUCAACAAUUCCUCAGAAACUAAUUCAGAUUCAUACCUUUAUGAUUUGUAUUAUGCCCACUGGGCUGAAUUUCAAAAAGAUGUAGAAGACAAUGAGUUAAUAAGUGUAUAUCCAUUAAGUGAUCAACUGAUAUAUGGUUCAUAUAGAGACAAUGGAAUAAAUGAAAGAGAUACAGAUGAAAGUGAGGAUUCUAAUGAUGAAAAUAAUUGGAGGAAUGAUUAUCCCGAUGAAUCUGAUAUGGAAAGUGUUACAGAAGAUGAUAUGUUAAAUGCAGUAAAUAAGAUUAGUUUAGAUCAUGAAAAUAGUUUGUCAAGUGAUGAUGAUGAUGAUGACAUUUAUAAUGAUGAUAACGUAGAAAACACACAAAUUGAUACAGAUGAUGCUAACAGGUAUGGAAAAAUGUAUGCU